AUGCCAGCAGAUUACAGUGGUACGUGGGAGAUGAUUGAAAAUAACAAUUUUGAUGGCUACAUGAAAGCUUUGGAUAUUGACUUUGCCACCAGGAAGAUUGCUCUUCACCUCAAACAAACAAAAGAAUUCAAACAGGAAGGGGACAAGUUUAUCACUAAAACCCUAAGUACCUUCAGAAACUACAACCUGGAUUUCACAAUUGGAGAGGAAUUCGAGGAAUGCACAAAAGGCUUAGAUAACAGAACAGUCAAGACGCUGGUGCAGUGGGAUGGGGACAAACUGGUCUGUGUCCAAAAAGGUGAGAAGGCUAACAGAGGCUGGAAGCACUGGAUUGAGGGGGACAAACUGCACUUGGAAUUAACGUGUUGCGAUCAAGUGUGCCAUCAGAUUUUCCAGAAAAAGAAUUAAAAUGAGUGAUGCACAUAUUUGUAAAUCAGCAAAGAUCUGGAAAUAUUUCUUACAUGCAGCAGAUCCUGCCCAAUGU